AUGGCUUGUAUGUUUUCCGAUGAAGAAAGUAGGCCGGUGAAGCAGUUGAGAAGAAGUUCAGAGUGUUCAUCAUUUGGAAACACAAAUUGUUCAUUAAAAGAUCGUAACUUAGCUGAGAGAAACAGGAGAGAGAAGAUGAGUCUGAGAUUCACAGCAUUGUCUUCUCUUCUCCCUCCAUCCAAAAAGAGGGACAAGGCUUCUAUUCUAGAAGAGGCUAUCAAUCACAUCAUACACCUCCAAAAAAAAGUGGACACUCUUGAGAAGAAAAUGACCACCAAGAGCUGCCGCCACGGUGGCGGCGGCGGAAACAUAAGAUCUUGUUCAAAUGAGAGGUUAUUAUGUGCAAAUACUCAGCCUUCACUCCCUCUAAUCAAGGCAAAAAGCUAUGAUUCUGAGGUGCUAAUCAGUGUUGAUCAUCACUAUGUGAGUAAGAAAGGGGUGUUGGAAAAAAUUGUUGGCAUAAUUGAGAAGCUCCAUUUAUCAGUUGAUAGAUGCAAUGUUGUCAAUUUUGGAAAGUCUGAUCUCAACAAUAUCACAAUUAUUGCAGAGAUGGGGGAAGAGUAUGGUAUGAACAUCAAGGAAGUAGUGAAUAGAUUACAUAUUGCACUCAAAAUAUAA